AUGGCGGAGGAUACAGAAAUGCGCGACCGCGAUCCUCCCCGGCAACAGCAACAACCAGACGAUGAAGCCAUCGAGGAGGAGCGCAUGAUGUACGGUCGCGGCAGCAUGACCGAAACCGAGCUCACUGAAAAGUACCCCAAUCGGCCUCACAUCUUUCACAAGACGCUUCCAUUUCAUGAAUUGUACACAACACUCUUCAAUCCUCUGAGCGAGAACAAAAAGAAGCCUACCGGACCAACAAUUGCACGCAAGAAACUAGGCCCUGACGUUCAGGCGCCAAAUGAUGUUCGACGCUCAAUCAUUGAGCGAUUCAUCUCGAAAUGGCGGCACGAAGUGGGAGAUGACAUAUUCCCUGCCUUUCGUCUCAUUGUGCCUGAAAAGGACCGUGAAAGAGGAAUGUAUGGCUUAAAGGAGAUGACUUUAGGGAAAAUGCUCGUGCGCGUGAUGAAGAUCAAYAAAGACAGCGAAGACGGCCACAAUUUGUUGCACUGGAAGCUACCGGGCGUCAAAUCUUCGAGCGCAAUGGCUGGCGAUUUUGCUGGGAGGUGUUUUGAAGCCAUCAGUAAACGACCAAUGCUUCAAGAACCUGGAACCUUGACCAUCGCUGAAGUCAAUGCAAUGCUGGAUCGCUUGGCUGUUGCGCAGAAAGAAGAAAACCAGCUGCCCAUUAUAGAGGACUUUUACAAUCGGAUGAAUGCCACCGAGCUUAUGUGGCUCAUUCGAAUGAUCUUGAGGCAGAUGAAGGUAGGCGCGUCUGAGAAGACCCUCUUUGAUUGCUGGCAUCCCGACGCGGAGAACUUGUUCAACAUAUCCAGCAAUCUAAGGCGAGUCUGCUGGGAACUUUACGAUCCGCAAGUCAGACUGGAAGGUGACAGUGCCGGUAUUUGUCUCAUGCAGUGUUUCCAACCUCAACUGGCCGCCUUUCAAAUGAGAUCUAUGGAGCAGAUGGUUUUAAGGAUGAAGCCGACCGAGGACGAUGCGGUGUUCUGGAUAGAAGAGAAACUCGAUGGAGAGCGCAUGCAGCUCCACUUAGUAGAGGACGAGACAGUACAAGGAGGCUAUCGAUUCGGCUUUUGGUCUCGCAAGGCCAAAGACUACACCUACCUGUAUGGCAGUGGCUUCGAAGAUGACAAUGCCGCACUUACCAGACAUAUCCGUGACGCCUUCAAGCCGGGUGUCCGCAAUAUCAUCUUGGACGGAGAGAUGAUCACGUGGGACUUCAAGCAGGAUGCUCCUGUGCCUUUUGGCACGUUGAAGACCGCCGCACUGGCGGAACAACUCAACCCCUUUGCAACUGGCAAUCGUCCGCUUUUCAAAGUGUUCGACUGCCUCUAUCUCAAUGACAAAGAUCUCACACGGUAUACCUUGCGUGAUCGUCGCAAGGCACUGUCAGGCGCUGUCACCACGAUCCAUCGUCGACUGGAAAUUCACAAGUACGAAGAGGCCACCCAGUUUUCACAGAUAGAGCCAAUGCUUCGAAAGGUCGUUGCCGAGUCUAGCGAGGGUUUGGUCCUGAAGAAUCCACGCUCAGAAUACCGCCUGAAUGACCGCAAUGAUGACUGGAUUAAGGUGAAGCCGGAGUACAUGACAGAAUUUGGAGAAUCACUCGAUUGCGUUGUAGUGGGUGGCUACUAUGGCUCUGGCAAGAGAGGUGGAAAUCUUAGCAGCUUCAUGUGUGGCCUGAAGCUGUCCAAGCAGCAAUCUGGCAAUCCCCAGAAGUGUCUAUCAUUCUUCAAAGUUGGUGGAGGCUUUGCUGCAGCAGACUAUGCUGAGAUCCGUCACCGUACCGAUGGUAAAUGGAUCGAAUGGAAUGCCAGGAAGCCGCCUACGGAUUGGGUCGUGCURGGCGGCGAUGGUAGACAGUUUGAGAAGCCGGAUGUAUGGAUCAAGCCUGRGGAUUCUGUAGUCCUCUCAGUCAAGGCAGCAUCUGCCUCGGGCUCCCAGCUAUUUGCCACGGGUUACACGCUGAGGUUUCCUCGUUUCAAGAAGCUGAGAUCUGACAAGUCAUGGCGUGAAGCACUCUCAGUCGACGACUUCAUUGAGAUCAAAGCCAGGGCAGAGGGAGAGCAGGCGGAGAAGAAGAUGAAGAUCGAUGAGUCGAGAAAGCAACGCAUAAGCAAGAAGCCGAAACGGGCUUUGGCGAUCCAAGGGCAAGAAGACGCGGUCGUGACACCAUACGCCGGUCCAGCCACGAAGGUUUUCGACGGCCUGACCUUUUUCAUCAUGACCGAAGCUCCUAAGCCGAUCAAGAAGAGCAAGCUCGAGCUCGAGCAGCUUGUUAAGGCUAGCGGAGGAAGUGUUGUUGCAUCAGCAAAAAGUCCAGAUACUAUCGUGAUCGCUGAUCGUAACGUCGUCAAGGUUGCUUCAAUCGCCAAGUACGAUAACCGAAAUAUCAUCCGACCGCUGUGGCUACUUGACUGCAUCAAGCAAUGUGAAGCGGAAUCUGGUCGCCCUUCGCUGCUUUUGCCGCUGGAACCUGACCGCCACGUUUUCCACAUGGCGACUUCCGAACAGGGGAAACAUGAUGGCAAUGUCGAUCAGUACGGUGACAGCUAUGCUCGAGAUGUCACCACGGAGGAGCUUCUAUUACUACUCGACAAGAUGCCGGCCAAGUUUGAGAACGAGCGAGACUCGCAGWAUCGCCUCGACCGAUUGGAAAUGUUUGGCGAAUCACUUGACAAUAUGAAAGGGCUGAUGUUCCAUGGACGCAUUGCAUAUUUCAGGGGAGUUUCAGAAUCUACCUUUCGCGUAUUCAGGUUCGCUGGUGGCCAGGUGGCUGAUUCGGUAGACACUGAUGGCCUCACACACGUGGUUGUUGGACCGGGCUGUUCGGUGGCAGAUAUCAGAAAAGAGGUCUCAAUGAGAUCGCAGCUACCAAGGAUUGUCAAGGAGGAUUGGGUAACCGAUAGCUGGUCGGAGGAAACUCGACUGGACGAAGAACAAUUCGCUCCCUGA